AUCCAUCACCAUGCCCAAGGCACUCCACUUCAAAGGCGACAAGAAGGUGAAGAAGAAGAGGAAAACAGCCGAGCCGUACGACGCCGACGAUGCGCGCUCCAAGCAGCUCACCACUAACGCGCCUGCCGAGGCUGAGAAUGACGACUCCUGGGUGAGCGCGGAGGCGCCAAGCGAUAUUUCUGGCCCCGUUGUCAUUGUUUUGCCCACCGAGGCGCCGAGCUGUCUAGCAUGCGAUGCAAAUGGCAAGGUCUUUACCAGUAACCUGGAAAACGUGGUCGAGGAGGACCUGGCGACGGCCGAACCGCACGAUGUGCGCCAGGUCUUCGUUGCGAAUCGCGUCGCUGGUACAGAACAAGUGAGCUUCAAGGGACAUCAUGGAAGCUAUCUUGGCUGCAACAAAUUUGGCAUCCUUAGUGCCUCAGCAACUGCCAUUUCGCCCGAAGAAUCCUUCAUCAUCAUCCCCGUACCUGACAACCCCGGCGCCUUCUCCCUCCAAACUGCGCGUGACAAAUUUCUCAGCAUUGACGAGUCUUCUACAGACGGGGCUGAGAUUCGAGGCGACACAGAACAUAUCAACUUCAACACCACGUUUCGCAUCCGCAUGCAAGCGCGCUUCAAGCCUCGAUUCAAGGCGAACAAGGAGGAGAAGGCUAAUUUGAAAAUCAGUCGCAAGGAGCUGGAAGACCAGAUUGGACGAAGGCUCAACGAUGCCGAGGUCAAGAAAUUGCGAAAGGCAAAGGUAGAAGGCAAUUUCCAUGAGACAGCUCUAGACAUGAAGGUCAAGUCCAGUCACGACAAAUAUGCCAGUAUGUAAGUAUGGGCGGAAGUGUCAUCAAUCACAUGUCUCCCUCGUAAACCUCUACAAUUGCCAUCAUGCACUGCAACAGGGACAUCCCAACGGGUCAAACAACGACGACAUCCUGGUCACACAAUGGCGGUGCGCCAUCGGUUACCAUGCUGUACCUGCAACACUGCACAGCCACGCCUUCAUGCGCCAGGGCUUGGAUGCAGUUUCGAAACCUCGUACGCCACAGGUUCGUGCCUUACCAAGCCUGGGCACCCGCUGCUCCCAACCGCCGAUCAAGAAUUGCGCCCAGUAUGUCGGGAAUUUUUUUUCUGCCUGGGCAGGAACUGUUUCGGGUCAGGCAUUGUAUGCAUGGCCUGAGGCUCUUUAGGAGGAAAGUGCUCCGCCGCCUUAUGUCUUGGCAUUGUAGUAAGAUUUGAUUAUGUUAUUACACGUUGCAUGCGCCA